GUGGACCAAUGGGCUGUGUCUUGCCCGCUGACAUCACUGAGCAGUCGGUUCCUCCAGCACACAGCUUCAUUUUCUGCUCAGCUUUUGUUAAAAUGGAGGCUGGUCUCGGGCCGUGAGCGGUGUGUGUGUUUCUGUGACGCGCGCUGGCGUGUGUGUGUGACCCCGGCAGGAUGGUUGUAGACGCUCCCAACGCCAACGGGCCCUUCCCGCCUGUGGCUCUGAUGCACUUCAGGGAUGUGGCUCCGGCUGAGCAGGAGAAGCUCUUCGUGCAGAAGCUCCGCCAGUGCUGCGUCCUCUUCGACUUCCUCUCCGACCCGCUCAGCGACCUGAAAUGGAAGGAGGUGAAGCGAGCGGCGCUGAGCGAGAUGGUGGAGUACAUCACCCACAACCGCAACGUCAUCACGGAGCCCAUUUACCCAGAGGUGGUGCACAUGUUUGCAGUGAACAUGUUCAGGACUCUUCCGCCUUCCUCCAACCCGACCGGAGCAGAGUUUGACCCGGAGGAGGAUGAACCCACUCUGGAAGCAGCGUGGCCACAUCUACAGCUGGUGUACGAGUUCUUCCUGCGCUUUCUAGAGUCGCCUGAUUUUCAGCCAAAUGUUGCCAAGAAGUACAUCGACCAGAAAUUUGUGAUGCAGCUGCUGGAUCUGUUCGACAGUGAAGAUCCGCGUGAGAGAGACUUCCUGAAGACCACCCUGCACCGAAUAUACGGAAAGUUUCUGGGGCUCCGAGCUUACAUUAGGAAACAGAUUAACAACAUCUUUUACAGGUUCAUUUAUGAGACCGAGCAUCACAACGGAAUAGCUGAACUCCUGGAGGUGCUGGGAAGCAUCAUCAACGGCUUCGCUUUACCGCUGAAAGAAGAGCACAAGAUCUUCCUGCUGAAGGUGCUGCUGCCGCUGCAUAAGGUGAAGUCUCUGAGCGUCUACCAUCCGCAGCUGGCGUACUGUGUGGUUCAGUUCCUGGAGAAGGACAGCACACUGACCGAACCGGUGGUGAUGGCGCUCCUCAAGUACUGGCCGAAGACACACAGCCCGAAGGAGGUGAUGUUCCUGAACGAGCUGGAGGAGAUCCUGGACGUCAUCGAGCCCUCAGAGUUCGUCAAGGUGAUGGAGCCGCUCUUCAGACAGCUGGCCAAGUGUGUGUCCAGCCCGCACUUCCAGGUGGCUGAGCGAGCGCUGUAUUACUGGAAUAACGAGUACAUCAUGAGUCUCAUCAGUGAUAACGCAGCCAAGAUCCUACCCAUCAUGUUCCCCGCGCUCUACAGGAACUCCAAGAGCCACUGGAACAA